AUCCAACAAAACCACAAUAUGUUGAUCGAGGAAAAGGCCAAAAAAGACCAACUCUUGCGCUCAAUGGUCGGUAAGACGAUUCUGAACGGCAGGGAUUCGGUGCGCAAAGUGUUGCAACUGUUACGGGAGAAGGGCGGCCGGGACGAGGCUGUGGCCAAAAACUAUUACGGAAUGCUUAUCGAGAACUUCGACUGCGGGAAGGAGUUCUACACAGCGGUCGAGAUGACGGCCGGCAACAAACUGUUCCACCAUAUCGUCGAGAACGACAAAGUGGGCACAAGAAUACUGCAGGAGAUGAACCGGAUGAAACUGCCGGGUGAAGUCACUUUCAUGCCCAUCAACCGGCUCUUCUCCAAGGAGAUCGCAUACCCGGAAACUCAGGACGCCAUUCCGAUGAUCAGUCGACUCACAUAUGAGAACAAACACGAGAUCGUUAUGCGCUUCAUAUUUGGCAAAACGCUGAUCUGUCGGUCCCUAGAAGUGGCCACUUCUUUGGCACGAACCUCGCACUUGGACUGCAUUACGCUGGACGGCGAUCAGGUGUCGCACAAGGGCUCACUCACUGGCGGCUACUUUGACUCCCGGCGCUCGCGGCUGGAGCUCCACAAGACUCACUCGUCGCUGAUGACGGAAAUAUCGGAACAGAAGCAGCUGUUGGACGGACACCACCAGAAGCUGAACGAAGUGGAGUCGCAGAUCAAUCAGAUCGUGGGAGAAAUGCAGAGGGCGGAGACGAAGAACAGCAAAAACAAAGACACUUUCGACAAAAUGAAGACCGAUAUCCGACUCUUGAAGGACGAGUUGUCGACCAUCGAGAGGUCGCGACAGCCGAAGGAGAGGAGUUCCGUGAGUCACGAGUCGAGUCUGAAUUCGAUGGAAUCGCUGGAGGAGUCGCUGCGGAAUGAGUUGCAACAGGACUUACUGACGCACCUGUCGGUCAACGACCAGCAAGAGGUGGACCGACUGAACGACGAGAUCAGACAACUGACGACGAAGAACAAGGAGGCGUUCAGUCGACGGAUGCAUUUGGAGGCCCAGAAGAAUAAGUUGGAGAACCUGUUGAACAACAACUUGUGUCGCCGUAAGGACGAGUUGGAGGCCGCGCUCCAAGAGAUCUCCGUCGAGGACCGCAAGCAGAAGCUGGAGAGCGAGCGCCAGGAGAUGACUGUCAUCGGCGGUCGCAUCGACGACGUGAACGAACAGAUCAAGACGUUGGACGAGAGCCUCGAGUCGAUGACCAAAAAGCAAAGAGAGCUUCAGAUCGAGUUGGAGAAGAAGAAGAGCGACGAAAGGGAUACCAUUGAACGCAUUAACGAGGACUCGAAGGACUUGGAGAAGAUGACGUCCAAGCAGUCGGUGCUCAGCAAGAAGACCGAGGAGUGUAUGCGAAAGAUUCGGGAAUUGGGAACACUUCCGGGCGACGCGGAGACCAAAUACGCCAAUUUGGGUCUUAAGCAGCUCUACAAGAAGCUGCAGCAAUGCAAUCAAGAGCUCCAGAAGUAUAGUCACGUGAAUAAGAAGGCGUUGGAUCAGUACCUGGACUUCUCCGAGAAGAAGGAGAAGCUGUUGCAACGGAAGGCCGAUUUGGACGCCGGGCACCGGUCUAUAGUGGACCUCAUGACGGCGCUCGAGCAGCGAAAGUACGAAGCAAUACAAGUGACGUUCAGACAGGUGUCGAUGUUCUUCGGCGAAGUGUUCAAACGUCUGGUGCCGUCCGGGAGGGCCCACCUGGACAUGAAGACGGAGGACGUGUCCCAUCACGAGUCGCAAUCUCAGAACAACUCGGGUCCGCCCACUUUCGACAACUUCAGCGGCGUUAGUAUCAGAGUCUCAUUCACGGGCGUCAACGCCGAGAUGAAGGACAUGCAACAGCUCUCCGGUGGCCAGAAGUCGUUGGUGGCGCUGGCGUUCAUAUUCGCCAUCCAGAAGUGCGACCCUGCUCCUUUCUACCUGUUCGAUGAGAUCGAUCAGGCGUUAGAUCCGCAACACAGGAAAGCCGUCGCAGACAUGAUUCACGAGCUCUGCAAAGACGCCCAAUUCAUUACCACUACAUUCAGACCGGAACUCCUGGAAACGGCCGACAAGUUUUACGGCGUGAAGUUCAGAAAUAGAAUUAGUCACAUCGAAGUGGUCUCCAAAGAUGAGGCGCAAGACUUCGUUGAAGACGACACACAACACGUCUGAAAGGCGUAGAAAUUCAGCGCUGAAUGUAAAUAAUAUAUAGAAAAUUCAUUUGACGGCCCAAAGCAUACAUUUUUUUGUACAUUUCGUUUGACAUUUAGAUAUAUUUAACAUUAUUUUUACUCUUUUUUUAAAACCAUUUGUUUGACUUUCAAAAACAAAACUUCAUAAACGCAGCAAAAUAUUGAACUCAAUUGUCGUAAACAUGUUGUCAUUUGUUUCAAUAUUAAGACUCUUAUCGGAGUCGUAAAGAUUUUAUCACUUCUUUUCAUAAUUUAAAAAUCAUUUUAAAAAU